AUGCCCGUCACAACUGAAGAUGCAUCCGACGAAGCUCAGUCUCAGGAGGAUGCCCGGAACCACAGCCGUCUUCAUAUCAGCGGCACGCUGAAGGAGAACGCACAAGGAGCUGUCAGGAACACUAUCGAGCUCCUGAGCAUCGCUGCACAGAUGACGCAGAGUGUGCCGUAUCUGGGUGCGAUCACAACCGCGCUGACGGAGUUCAUGAAGAUACAGGACGAGGUUGACCAAUGCAAGGACGAGUGCACAGAGGCUAUGGACGAUGCUGAGCAGAUCAACGCUCUGAUCGAGAAGUUUCACGAGAGAUGCGACGCAUCAGGGAGAGGCGGCGGCCUGUUGAACCAGACGCUGCGUGAAGCGUUCACGGAGCUAGAAAGUGUCGUACUGAGAUGCGUUGUGACGCUCGAGAAGUGCAAGACCGGUUCGAAACGCAAGAGGGACCGUCUGCGUCUUUACUGGAAGCGCGCUGAGCUCCUGAAGUCCGUGAAGGGAUGUGCUUCGGACAUGCGCAAAGCGCUGGAUCGUUUAGAUCGAACGCUCAAUCUUGCCACAGCUUUAACGCUCGACGGCAUAGAUGUCAAGAUGGAUGAACUGCAUACCAUGCUACAGUCUUCUGGUCUACCCCAAGCUACUAUGGCAGCGCAGAAUUCUACAUGGCGGUUGCGCGCUGCCAACGCCAUCUUCUACGGCCGCGCCUUUGAGGUAGAGAGCGCUGUGGAUCUGAUCGUCAACAAGGGACCUGCACGAGUGGCUAUCUUGGGUCUCGGUGGUAUCGGAAAGACCUCUAUUGCCCUAGCAGUACUUCACAACUCGUCGGUGAAAGCACUCUAUGGAGAGCGGCGUUGUUUCAUGUCGUGUGAGGCAUCUACGACUGCGGAUGCAGUCGUACGUGGCCUAGCAGAUGCGGUCAACUUCAAUCUCGGAAAAGACAUGUCACCUGAAGCUGCCCGUCAAUAUCUACUCCUCCGUCUGAAUGCGGCCCCUGGAAUCAUAUGCCUUGAUAACCUAGAAACGCCUCUGGAUGUUGACAAGCCUGCGGUGGAGGAACUAUUGAACGAGAUCGCCGCACUUGAGUCAGUCGCUUUGUUGAUCACAAGCCGUGAUACGAGCAUACCCACCAUCAAGUGGACGUCGCCUCCACUGGCGCACAUCAAGCCAUUCUCGCAGGAAGCCGCUCUCGCUACCUGGGAUGAUAUAUGCGGCGACCACGACGAGUACGCCCUCAGACUUGUCAAAACGGUAGAUUGCAUGCCGUUGGCAGUCAACCUCCUCGCGCGCUUGGCUACCAUUGAAGGAAGCGCCAAAAGCAUCUGGGCUCGUUGGGAGACCGAGCACACCGACCUCAUACGCACUAGUGACGAAGAUCACCGACUCUACAGCGUGGGUGCAUCCAUAGAGCUGUCCCUAAACGCUCUCAGCUUUCGCGAAGAGACCAUCAUUGUUCUUGCUUUCAUCUGUAUCUUCCCUUCCGGUAUCGAGGAAUCGACACUCUCGAUAUUGGACGAUGUUCUGGUGGACGCUGGCCAGCGUGUUCCACGUGCCAUCACCACUCUGAAGAAGCACUCUCUGAUCCAUACGGAGGCUCUUCGAUGGACACACGAUGAACGGAGGCUCGUCGUCCUAUCUCCCAUUCGCCACUACAUACGGCAACAUCAUGUACCAGACGAUGUAUUCCUUGCCUUCGCCGAUGCACUGGAGAAUCAAGGGACGGGGGUUACCCAUGUCCUUGUGGACUUCGGCAUGGACCGUCAAGGGCCAUGUCGCGAACGCUGCCUUGACAUGGUUAUCGCGUCUCCGUAUACGACCCGCGACGUCAGAGUGCUAUCCCUAGCAUACGAGAAGUCGCGCGCGCUUGCGCUUGAACCGCGAAUACAGUCAGCGCUCCUCGGACGAUUGGGAUUUGCGCUAUCGGCGUUUGAACGCGAUUACGACAACGCCCGUUCCACGUACCUAGCGACCAUCCAGAUCGACGAGCAGCUGGGAGACCGCGGCGCUAUGUUUGCGCGCUGGGUACAGUGGCUUGGUACCUAUGUCUCCCAGUUUAGGGGUCGCGAAGAUGAAUGCGAGCAACUUGACGACAUGCAGAACACCAUUCAGACAGCCUGGGAACUCGGUCACGCCGCCAUUUGGAACGAUCCAGGCACGUCAGGUCCUUCGUGGAAUGACUAUGAGGAACUGGCUGAAGUGCAACACUUUGUCAACGAAGGACGGCGGGCGCAGGGCUUGCAUAUCGUUUAUAGAAGCGGGCUAUACUCCGACCACUCGUCGACUGACCGACUUCACGGUCGAGUUUACCCUGUUUUUAGGAGAGAUCAAGCUAGGGAAUGUUAUAAUGAGUUAUUCAAGGUGUCAUCUCCACCAUGGGACCUCGAUCUUAUACUCGAAACGCAUCGGAGGCUAGGCCAUGUGAAUACGGGAGACCAAAGAAGUGAGAUAGUCACGGUGGGGUCAGAGGAUGAGAAGAAAGAUGAGGACGACUGGGAGGUGGGGAGAGAAGAAGAGGGAGAACAAAGCGAUGCCGACAACGGGGAAAGUUGUCAAGCGGAGGAUGAGGACUUGAGGCUCGAGGAGGGGAGCGUUGAUCAUGACGAGGAGAAGAGCAGCAUAAUUCGUCACCGGUCAAGCCUGUUCGAGGUCUCGUUAGGAUAG